UGUCCUGCAAUAUCGAAGACCAAGUACAAAAGGUGGAUCCGACUCGGAUUGUAAACACCGGCAGUCGCAUUGUAGGGGGGUCUACGACCACUAUUUUGAGAUACCCUUUUGCUGUACAGGUUUUUAUGAGGGAUAUUCUAAUAUGUGGCGGAUCACUGAUCACAAGACAAAUGGUUCUGACGUCAUCAACCUGCCUUCACGGAUCAGAGGGACUAUAUCCUAUCUUUCACUUUAGAGUGCUCGCUGGCGCGACGUACAGUCAAUACCUCAGUAAAGAAGGAAAGCUUACCAGGGUAGAACGUUUAGCAGUACAUGAACAAUAUGACAUCGCCAUCCUACGCACGGUUUUGCGAUUCACUCUUGGCCCUAGAAUCGGUUUAGCUUUCAUACCGUCGCAGGAUUCUGAGUUACCUGAUGGUAGUACAUUGACACAUAUUGGGUGGGGGUCACGGAGGGUGGGGAGUAGAAAUCCUUCGCCUGUUCUGUAUCAAGUACAUAUGUACAAACUAAACAAGGAAAUGUGUAACAUCCUUACUGAGAACAUGCUGUGCUCUGGCAUACCAAAUGUAACAGGUGUGGGUCCCUGUCAUAGAGAUGAGGGCGCCCCGGUGCUGUAUGACUCCAAUAUAGUGGUCGGAGUGACGCCAUGGGUAGCUAAUUGUGGAACCCGGGACUACGGCGUGUACACGCGUGUCGCCAAAUUUACUACAUGGAUUGAUCAAACGGUUCUCUACCUCAACGGAAGUUCAUCUGUGAGCAUAUCGAGAAUAAUUCUACUGGUCACACUCAUCUGUACAAUGCUCAGCGCCAGUUAGGAAAAUUUGUUUCAUAUGUAAAUCUUGACCUUC